AAGCAUAUAAUUUAUUCAAUCAAAUGCAGCAUCAAAGUACUGGCAUAGAUUUUAUUGUAUUUCUAAUUCUUAUAUCUGGUUGUAUACAAGUAGGAGAUCUCUUAUUAGCUUCAUCCGUUCAAGCUUUUGUACUUAAAUGUGGAUGCGAUAAAGAGGAGUUCAUUGAAAAUUUGCUAAUAAUUAUGUAUGCAAAAUGCAGUGACCUUGCAUCUGCUAGAAGGAUAUUUGAUUUGAUUAUCAAAAAGAGUAUUUUCUCAUGGACAUCAAUGAUUGCAGGAUAUGCCCAUUCGGAUCACCCAUUGGAGGCAUUGCAUUUGUUUAGAAGGCUUGUACGGACAGAUUUUAGACCCGAUGGACCAACCGUUGCUACUGUUAUAUCAGCUUGUGCUGAUAUAAGAUCAAUUAGCAUAGCACAAAAGAUGGAAGAUUAUAUUUCUCUAAAUGGAUUGGAAUUCGAUCUACAAGUCCAAACAUCUCUCAUACACUUGUACUCCAAGUGUGGAAGCAUCAAGAAAGCCCAAGAAGUAUUUGAAAAAGUGGCAGAUAAAGAUUUAACUGUUUGGUCUUCCAUGAUAAAUAGCUAUGCUAUUCAUGGGAUGGGGAAAGAAGCGAUUGACCUAUUUCGUAAAAUGACAACUACAGAAGGGAUAAUUCCAUAUGCUAUUGUUUACACCAGUGUUUUGCUGGCUUGUAGCCAUGCAGGGUUAGUAGAAGAUGGAUUGAAGUACUUCAUAAGUAUGCAAAAAGAUUUUGGAAUAACUCCUAAGAUAGAACAUUGCACUUGCUUGGUAGAUCUUCUUGGUCGAGUUGGCCGGCUUGACUUAGCAUUAGAUACGAUUCAGGGGAUGCCCUUGGAAGCACAAGUGCAAGCUUGGGCUCCCUUGCUCAGUGCUUGUAGGAUCCAUGGUAAUGUUGAGCUUGGGGAGAUUGCUGCUGUCAAGUUACUAGAGCUUAGUCCUGGAAGCUCUGGAAAUUAUGUAUUGAUGGCUAAUUUGCACACCUCAUUCGGGAAGUGGAAGGAGGCGCAUGCAAUGAGAAAAUUGAUAGAUGGUAAAGGACUGGUUAAAGAAUGUGGGUGGAGCCAGGUUGAGAUCAUUGGUAGAUUUCAUACAUUUGCAGCAGGAAAUCCGUCACGUGUUCAGUUGGCCAAUAUCUAUAAGAUGCUAGAAGAUCUAAAUUUUACUCUUCAAGAAGGUAGCUAUGCAGGACAAGCUGUAACAAUGAAUAAUGACCCGUAAAAAAGAACCACCUUUGAAGACAUGAGAUGUUAUUUCAUUUUCUCCAAAUGAAGAGACCAAGGAAGCACUGAUAAUAGUACGAGACUUCACCAUCAAUAAUAAUGAUGCUUCAGUGUUCUUGGAUGCUCAACAUUGCUGCAUCAUGAAAACCAGCUUAGAUUAUCUCUCCAGUUUGUCUGCUAAUGAUGGUUUAUCAGGAGCAAUGAGAGCAUUGAUAUCUGAAACUUCAACUGUGUUUGCACAUUGUAGUAGUAGCUACAUUGAAGCAAAUAUGAAAAUUGAGUCCACUGCUUCAGAACUGUCGAGAGCUGAUAACUUAAAAUCUGACCUUGAAAAUAACAAGAAUCAGUUCAAUGAUAUGGUGGCGUCAGAAAAAGAGCUGCAGCAAAAGUUGGCACGUUUGGAGGAAAUGAAAAAGGAGCUAGAAAAGCAAAUCAGAACUACUAAUGCCAACAUCAUGGCUUCUCGAAAAGAACUGAACACGACUCGAAAGAGAAAGAGAGGUGUUUAUGUGGAAGGAAAGGCACUCAAAGCUCAAAUGGAUGUGAAGGAGAAAGUACCACGUUUGCAACAUGAGCAUGACUUGGCAAAGGAAAACCAGGAAAAAAUCAAAGCUGAAUGGUCAGAGUUUGGAGAAAAAAUUAA